ACAACCAGUGCCCUAGUUUCUCUCAGUCUGAGUCUGGCAGUUACAAGCUAAGACAUGUUUUCCUGUCUUCGCAAGCGUUUUGGGAGGGGGAACGUCGAUUGUGGAGAGACUAGAGUGAAGGAGUCUGGCCUUUCGUCUCUAAGUAAUGAUGGACAAAGACAGCACUUCUGGGGAAUGUGGAACGCUGGGAGAGAAACAUCUUCCCCUGAAACUGCCCUAAGCGAGAAGCAGGCCAAGAAGGAAAAGGAGAGGCUGAUUAAAGAGCUGCAGCUCAUUACCAAGGAGAGAAAUGACCUGAGAUAUCGCCUGAGGUUUCUGACAGAGAGAUCCAAGAACAACAGGCCACACUUCAGGCCAAAUCCGUAUUACGAAGACCUGGAGAGAAUGGAGGAGGUGGUCAUGUCAAUUCUGCACAACUUAGAGAUGGAGAACACUGAGAUCCAUGAGAACAGCCAUAAGCUGAAGAAGGAGAUUACCUUCUCUAGAAACCUGCUCAGCCAGCUCCUGAUGGAGAACACAUGUAGGAAGAAGUUGGUCCCACAGAUGCAGGGGAGCAAGGAGGGACAUCUUGAUUGUGCACUGAACCAGAAAUAUUUGGUUGACUUCAACAAGAAAGAUAAAGACCAGCAACGUCCAGAUCCAGCAUCAUCAGGUCUCAGAAAGUGCAAGAGAGCUGGAAUUGGACACACACCAGUAAGAGAGCUUCCUGAGGAAUAAGUUGCUUUCUCAGGAGUCCCUGAUGACAAACAUCCUGAACGGUAACAACAUUUUUUGGAUGAGUAUUCUUCCUCAGAGUUAAUUUGUCAUUUCUUAGAGACCCUAAAUUUAUAUAACACUAAGCCAGCCUGACUGAUUGAGGUCUUACUCACUUUCUUCUUCAGAAAACACCACUUGAGAGACAACUUGGGGGACCGCCUUUCAUUAUGUGUGCUAGAGGAGAAACAGCAAUACAUCUGUGCUUCUAAAUGUUUGUUAAAAAUAUGCUGUUUAGAAAUAUUUUUGUUAUGAUUUUAAUUGAAGUUUUCUUUUUGUUGUUUCAUAUUUAUAUGUUCUUGUUACUGUUUUUCACUUUCCAAUAUGUUUAAAUAUUUUUAUUCAUUCAUUUUAAUCCUGUU